GUUCGAACGCGCGCCCACAUUAACAACAAUCAACUAUUCCAGCAGCACACCAAUAGACAACAAGAAUGUUUUGUUUCAAAUACUGCCACGCGCCAAAUUUAAAGUAGCCCACCACAGAGCCGCAUCCAACGUCCAUCCUGGGCGGCCACAAUUCAAGCCCGCGUACCACAGCAAAGCCCAAGAUCGUCUGCCACUGCCUGACUGCCAAGGCCCGUGGGCCGCUUCGGAAAGGCAAGCACGGUCCUCCAUCAGCCGCUUGACCCAGCUUCCGUCAGCUCAAUCCGGACUCAAUUAAAAAGAAAUGAGAACCGCUUGAACCAGGACUCGAACCUCCAUUCUACCUCCUGAAAGGAAGAAAACCACCCAAUAUGCUACAAGUACACAUUGGUUUACAUCUUACGACGCCCGACAUUUAUCCACCGACCUUCUGCCUCCUCUACUAUCUUUUCUCAAGAAGCCCAGAAAAUAAGCGGCAAAAAGACGCUCGCCGGUUGGAAGCACUUAGUCGAUUUUGAUUAGCACGGGAAGGAGGAAAGCUUUGAAGAAAAGUGCCCAAAAGCGGCUAUAUCAGUGUCUAUGGCGGCUGCUGAACUUUGGGCCACCGGCACGCGAAGUCCACCAAGCAGAAGCCUGUCUCCACCUAUCAAGCCCACCAUCCACAUCCGGCCCACCUAGCCAGUCAAACAUUCUGACCGCUCCGCCUCCUUCGCGUCCAACCUUCAACGCGAGCCUUCAACCAUCCGCGUCCCGCCUCGCCAAUCAACCAGCCUCAGCCACAGAAACGCCUGGGCCCAUCACGCCUCAAAUUUGGGCCGUUCGACGACCCAACACGCUCAUAUACUCUGGAACCGCCUCGGCAUCACUACAAGUCCGCUGAAGCCCGGCUCGCCUAGGCGGCCAACGAGUUCAGCCCACAACGCGCUACACGGUCCAUUGCUUGCAUCAAACGCACUCAUUAUUAAAAAAUAAGAGACCGCCUCCUGGGAGCUUCAAACCGCCGACCUCCCUUUGAGGGGCAAACAAGCUAACCAGUACACCACAAGGACGCAUUGUUGAUCAAUAAUGCAGCAGCCAAUACUUAACCGUUCAGAGUUCUCCAGCUUCUUUCAAGCUAAGUCAAUUUUACAGAGAUAUAUCUUAUGCAACGCGGUUCAUUAUUAUUAUGCUAGGCGCUCUUUAUGCUAUAUUUACACUUUAAAUAUAUUGGGCUCUAGCCACUUGCAUCUUUCUCGGAUACUCGAAGAAUCACGCCUCAUGCCUCCGGGCUAGGCUCAAAGAUUCCCGCCUCCGAGCGAUGCUCUCUCCGGAGAAUGCUUACCGCCUCCGAGCGAUGCUUCCUCUCGGGAAUGCUUCCCGUCUCCGAGCGAUGCACCCUUGAGGGAUUGAUUCAUGCCUUCCGCCUCCAGGCAAGGCUAAAAUACCGCCUCCGAGCGAUGCACCCUUCGGGGAUUGAUUCAUGCCUUCCGCCUCCGAGCAAGGCUAAAAUACCGCCUCCGAGCGAUGCACCCUUUGGGGAUUGAUUCAUGCCUUCCGCCUCUGGGCAAGGCUAAAAUACCGCCUCCAAGCGAUGCACCCUUCGGGGAUUGAUUAAUGUCUUCCGCCUCUGAGCAAGGCUGGUAAACCGCCUCAAAGCGAGGCUCCCCCCGAGGAAUGCUUCCCGCCUCCGAGCGAUAUUCCCUCUUUGGAAUGCUUUCCCGCCUCCGAGCAAUGUUCACUCUUUGGAAUGCUUCCCGCCUUUGAGCAAUUCUCCUCUAAGGAAUGCUUCCCAGGAAGCCGAGGGAGCAAUGCGCUUCUCAGGAAGCGAAGGAGCGAUGCGCUUCCCAGAAAGCCGAGGAGCGAUGCGCUUCUCUGGAAGCCGUGGAGUGAUGCGCUUCCCAAAAAGCGAAGGAGCAAAGCGCUUCUCAGGAAGCCGAGGGAGCAAUGCACUUCCCAGGAAGCGAAGGAGCGAUGCGCUUCCUAGGAAGCCGAGGAGCGACGCUUCCCAGGAAACGGAUGGAGCGAUGCGCCUCUCAGGAAGCCGAGGGAGCAAUGCGCUUCUCAGGAAGCCGUGGAGCGAUGCGCUUCCCAGGAAGCGAAGGAGCGAUGCGCUUCCCAAGAAGCGAAGGAGCAAUGCGCUUCUCAGAAAGCCGCCGAGGGAGCAAUGCGCUUCCCAGGAAGCGAAGGAGCGAUGCGCUUCCCAGGAAGCCAAUGAGCAAUGCGCUUCCAAAGAAGCCAAAGGAGCGAUACGCUUCCCAGGAAGCCGAAGAACGAUGCGCUUCCCAGGAAGCCGAGGGAGCAAUGCGCUUCUCAGGAAGCGAAGGAGUGAUGCGCUUCCCAUGAAGCCAAGGAGCAAUGCGCUUCCAAAGAAGCCAAAGGAGCGAUACGCUUCCCAGGAAGCCGAAGGAGCGAUGCGCUUCCCAGGAAGCGAAGGAGCGAUGCGCUUCUCAGGAAGCGAAGGAGCAAUGCGCUUCCCAGAAAGCCAAAGGAGAGAUGCGCUUCCCAGGAAGCGAAGAAGCAAUGCGCCUCCUAGGAAGUCAGAGACUUAAGCGCUUCCCAGAAAGCCAAUGACUAAUGCACUUCCCAGGAAGCGAAGGAACAAUGCGCUUCCCAGGAAGCGAAGGAGAAGCACACCCCAGUAAGCCGAAGAAACACUAAGACAGAGCGUCUUGAGUUAAAACUCACAAGCCGUGGGGGCCACCCUACCUAGGUCGCAAUUAUGGUCUACUAGCGCUAACAACAAUGGACUAGCGAAGGAACUUUUAACGACUUGAGAGCUUUAGUUCAAGACAUCGAAAGAUAAGCAAGGGGCAGAAGAAAUGAUCACGCAACUCGCACAAGGGGCAAACCGCAUCAUACGGAUUCGCAAGUAAGGCAAAUUAAUACACGACUAAGGCAUUA